ACCACUCUGCAUUCCAUGUCGCGUGCAGCACGUGCUUCUCCGGGCGGCUCCGGGUUGUGUGGCCGAGCAUUGAGUGGGAGGCAUCUAAGGUCGUUGGAGCCGCAAGGCUUCCGAAAUUGUCGGCCAAAAAACGGUCGCCUUCUACGCCAAGGACCAAGUGCGCUAUGGUACCAGACAUGGAGAGGUCAUUCAAGUGGCCACCAUAGCCACCAUGGCCACCACAGUCACCAUCACCACCAUAGCCAUGGCCACCAUCACGGCCAUGACGGCCACACUGCGGUGCGAGGCCAUGCUCACGGUGAAUCCCAUGGAUCCCAUGGACAUGGACAUAGCCAUGGACAAGGCCACGAUCAUCACGUGCAUCUCCUGGGCGGGUGCCAUGACCAAAGCCAUGCCUCCGACCUGGCCGAGAUGAAGGGAGAAGCCAUGCGUGUGGCAUUGCUGGGAUUGGGCUGCAACCUCUUUCUGGGGGGCCUGCAGUUGGCCAGUGGAAGCUAUUGCCACUCUGCGGCCCUAACCAGCGACGCCUGGCACACCCUCACGGACUCCUUCGCCGAUCUGAUCACCCUUGGUGUGGUACAGCUGACCCUGCGACCACCAGGGCCCAACUUUCCCUUUGGGCGCGGGAAACUGGACUCCUUUGCCGCGCUAGGUGUCAGUGGCAUCAUGGUUACCACCGGGAUCUCGACGAUGCAAAUGUCCGGCAGCUUGUUGCUGGAAGCCUUGGGUGCUGAGGCGUUCGGAAACGAGAACGGCGAGGACAACGGGCAUAGCCAUGGCGGUCAUGGCAGCCAUGGCGGUCAUAGCCAUAGCCACCUUCACAGCCAUGGCGCUGAAAAUAUCUUUGAGGACGGGCAUGUGAAUGCCGUUGCAGUGGGUGCAUGUUUGCUGACCAUUGCCAGCAAGGAGGGCCUAUACAGAAUCACGCGCCGGGCAGCGGAGAGGUUGAAUUCCUCAGUGCUCCUGGCGAAUGCUUGGCAUCAUCGCUCCGAUGCCAUGAGUUCGGGUUUCGUCUUGCUGGGUGUCUUGUGUCGAGUCUUCGUUCACAGCGCCUUUGAUCCCGUGGCCGGCGCCUUCCUGUCUUCCAUCAUCCUGCGGAUCUCAUGGGGCAUAGGCCGUCGCGCUGUGAUGGAACUCUUAGACAUGCAGCUGCCACAGCCGGACUUACAAGACUUGGAAACUGCUUUGACAGAUGCACUCAAGAAGGCGCGGCCGCAGCUGCGUCUUCAUCGGCUGAAGGGCCGACGCGCUGGACCUGAGGUACAUCUGGAGGCGGUUUUGGACAAGAAAGGUGAUAUGUCUGGCUGGCGGAUGUCGGCGGAAGAACUCAUGCAACUGGAAAAAUCGCUGCUGAGCGAACUACACCUAGGUGGACAUCGUACUGUUUGGAGCCUACGCGCUGUUCUCAGCAGUUCGUAAAAGCUGCGGCGUGCAGGACCCAAGAAUGCUGGUACCGUUUG